AUGCAUAACCUGGCCAUUUUGAUACUGGGAUGGUAUUUCUGCUCCAUAACGCUGUCUCUUUACAAUAAAUGGAUGUUUGAUCCCAUAAAGGGUUUGAAAAUCGCUUCCCCUAUUCUGGUCACUUCGUUCCACCAAUGGGUUCUUUGGUUUCUGUCAUUCUUGUACAUCAAAUAUUUAAGAUUGAACGAGGGCAGUCGAUCAACCACCAUCAGGCACAAAUUGCCGAGCCUGAAGUUCUAUCUGAAGUAUCUCAUUCCAACUGCGAUUGCUGCAGCGGGCGACAUCGGGUUUGGGAGCCUUUCUUUCAAGUAUAUCAGUUUGACAGUGUACACCAUAAUAAAGUCCGCUAGUAUCGCCUUCGUAUUACUGUUUGGUUGCCUCUUUGGACUGGAGAAAUUUCACUGGAAACUGGCUCUUAUAGUGCUAAUCAUGUUUGCCGGCGUGGUUAUGAUGAUCUUUGCGCCGUCAAACGAAACGGAACAAGUCAAAGACCGGUCUACGUUGGUGCUGGGGUCUUGCUUAGUCCUGGUAAGCAGCUGCCUGUCGGGCCUGAGAUGGGUUUAUACACAAUUGACACUGAAAAAGCAGGAUCACUACGAUGGCGUGGCAUCUACGGAACCUGCGGUCCCAGAUCUCAGGACUAGAGCAGCUUCGGGUACGAAACCACACCCAAUUCACACAAUCUAUCAACUGGCGCCUAUUAUGGGCCUUGCACUCUUCAUCACGUCCCUAAUAGUCGACAAACCCUUCCCCAGCAUUUUCCAAUCUAAUCUUUUUAGUACCGGUGAUGAAGUGAGAGUGGUUACUGUCAAAUCUGUAAUGAAAGGACUGUUGCUGUUAGUGAUUCCUGGAAUUGAAGUCUUUUUUAUGACAAUUUGCGAAUUUGGAAUACUUCAAACAGCUCAUGUGCUUACUCUAUCGAUCGCUGGAAUCGUAAAAGAACUGCUUACAAUCGUAUGUGGCAUGCUGUUGUUAGGCGAAAGGCUCAAAGGGAUUCAUAACUGGGCUGGUAUGUGCAUCAUUUUACUUGAUGUUGCAUAUUACAACUACUUUAGAUUUCAGCAAGACCAUAAGGAGAAUUCCUUCAUGGAAAAAGAUGGAGAAGAAUCCGUACCGUACUCAGUCACUACAGAUUCGAUGAUGCAGGAGUAUGAGCUGGAUAUCAUUGUCUCUAGAUAA